AUGAGAGAUCAUCGUGAUGAUCCUAGAUAUACGCCUACACCAACGAGUAGUACAACAGCGAAGCAGAAUAAUGCGCUAGUUAUACCAAAAACUUUAAAAACAUCACUCAAUUCGCAAAUCGUCUUAUCUGAAGAAGCCUACACCAAAGCCUUAAGUGACAUAAUAAAGAGAGAUUUCUUCCCAGAUCUCAAGAAGGCAGAUGAUUUGAGCUACGAUAUUAAUAAUUGGGUGGGAAAUAAAGCCGCAGAUGAGGAAACAGACUCGCAACAUAUAGAGUACGAUUACAGUAGGAUGUCACUAGAGCAGUUCCAAUCGAAAUUCACAUCAGAGGAUAAUGCCAGCUUUAGCUACCUCCUUCAUAAGGCUAACCUCAAACGUCGUGAACGCUAUGCAUGGGCAUACAACGCAGAAUUACUCGCCAAUCAACGGAGGAUAGAAAGUGGCGACAGGCUUUCACGGCAGAUCGAAGAUGUCAGUUCAAUCUUAGCAGAUGGUGAGAAACGAUUGCUAGAGAGUAAUAUCGGCGUGAACGAUAUCAGUGAUUUUGGUGGUGAAGGAAACGAGCAGGCACUCGUACGGAGAGAAAAAGCUAUCAAUCAGCAAGUACAGUUGGGUCUAGAGAAGGCUCCUAAAGAGGGCAUGUCUCUUGUACCUUCUUCUAGCAAAGAUGUGCGUAAAGCUGGCGUAGAUACGUGGGGAUUUACGGCUACAAACAACCUGAUGUUUAAUCCAGAUACGAAUACACCUAACUAUCUUGCUUUGGUAGACAAAGAAGCUGAAAAUAGGCAGAAUAGAGUGACUAAUUAUGCCGCUACGAGGAUGAGUAAUGAUGAUGACGAUAAUAUGAGUAGCAGUAUGGCUAGUACAGCACAAAUCAAUGCUGCCGUUAACGCUACAUCUUCUACUUCUUCGGACGCUGGUUCAAGCACUCCUCAUAUUGGCGGUUAUAAGUUCGUCGAAAGCAUGCCUUCACCACGUGCACAUCAGUUACCGUCUUCGAGUAUUAACUCCAUGAUGGUGAGUGGAACGCUGUCGGGUACACCCAGACGACUUGAUGAGGAGGAUGAAUAUGACAAUUGUAGGUAUUAUGCUUAUAAAACUAUUCAAGUACUCAAAUUACCUUCAGCUGGCGAUUUCAAGAUACCAAAGAUUAGUAGGCGAGACAGACUAGGUCAUCAACUGGCUUCCCACGUCAAGACGAAGCAGACGCCAGCUCAAUCAACACCAACUAGUAGGACACCCCGAGGCGUUUCACUUAGCCCCGCUGGACACGCUCUGCUAGAGAAGACCAAGAGGAGACGAACAAAUGCAGAAGCAACACCAUCAUCAUUUCGCAGUGUCCGUCAGUCACCAGAUAUACGACGGAAAGACAAAGGCUGGACGCCGACACCUCAACGGUAGAAUUUGUUGUGAUUUCUAUGCAUCUAUUUCAUUUAUAUGUACAAUUGUUCUCGAAAAAGCAAACUAAUUAGUCUUGAAACGCUGGUAAAUUUGACCAAAUUGUCCGAUCGCUGAUGACAAUGGAUUUCUCUUCUCCUGUGACAUCUCAAUUGCGACUUGAACAAGAUUUUCAACAGCUUCAUCAGUAAUUUGAUGGUGUACGACUAUUCUGUUGGAACUAAUCGUUAUUCCAGCCCGAUCUUUGACGCGUUGAAUGAAUUCCUCAAGGCUGAAUCCAAUUGUUGAGCUAUCAAAGAAAACCAUGGAUGUUUCAACAGGUGAUAUAAUUCUAAUUUUAGCUUGUUCGAAGCCCUCUGCUAUUCUCUUAGCUCGUUCGUGCGUCUUUGGUAAAAGUGGGAAAUGAUUCUCGAGAGCAAAGUCAGCAGCCUCCGCAAGAAAUCCAGAUUGACGGAUACCACCACCGAAAAGCUUUCUAAACCAUUUUGCCUUUGUGAUUACUUUUUCACUUCCGACAAGAAUGGAACCAAUAGGUGCACCAAUACCCUUGCUUAGACAGAGACUAACGCUAUCGUAUGGCUGGCAAAGUUUAUCGAUAGAUAAACCUGUAGCUGCGCUAACAUUCCAUAUGCGCGCACCAUCGAGGUGCAUAAUCAAAUUGUUGCUGGACGCCCAUUCAGAUAUCUUUUUUGUUUCACUUUGUGGGAAAACCAGACCAUUCUUGGUAUUUUCAAGACUAAUUAUACGGGUUGGAGCAUAAUGUAUAUCAUCUUCGAGUGUCGCAUGGGCUUGUAUAUCAUUAAGCUGUAAAUGAUGCCCAUUUGUGGGCUCAACUGGUGUAAUUUGUGCCUGAGAAUGGAAAGCAAGACCACCAGCUUCAUACUUGUAGAUAUGAGCGUGUGCAUCGCAAAGUACGCUAUGUGGUGGUUGAUGCAAAUGGGUGCGCAAUCCAAUUUGAUUAGACAUAGUACCAGAGACGCAAAACAUAGCAGCAGGUUUACCAGUCAUCUUCGCAAUCUUCUUCUCAAAGUUACUAGUACUUUCAUCCU